GGCAACUAAUGGGUACUAUUUUGAGGGUCUUGAAAUCUGUGAUCUUCUUUGGAAGUAUUCCCACAGCUUCUCUUCUCUUCUCUGGUUGGUUUUUGGGUUAAGCAAAAAGCACCCAUUUGUGAUAUCUUUGAAAAGCUCGGGGUUAUUUUUGGAGGCUAUUGAAACAAAGGCAAUCUAGAUUCCUGAUAUUCUUCUCUUUCUUCUUCUCUCCUUUUUUGUUCCCAAGAAAUAAACUCAGAUUUAUCUAGUUGCAAAGCAACACAAAACAUCAUGAAACUGAAUAAAUGAACAUCCCCCUCUCCUUGUAUUUUAUAUGGACUGUGACCUUUUUUCUUCUUCUUAACAUUCAAAUAUUGAAUCUUUUUUGCUCCCUUUGUUUUUUUUUUUUCUUCUAGAAACCAAGUCAUGGCAGACUGGCAUGGAGAUUUCAAUGAAGAAGAAAUGUGGUCUUAUGAUGGGGAAGAGGAAGAUUCAAGCCCCAUACCGAGGAAACCUAGGGACUACUCGUCGAGUUCUUCCUCUGCAUGGCGGCUCCCAAGCGCACCAAGAAGGAUCCCAAUUGUUAGCAACGGCAGCAGUUCAUCAGCAAAGCAUGAAACCAAGAUUGUUGAACAAUUAUCGGCUCCAUUGAACAUCCCUGAUUGGUCCAAGAUUUAUGGCAAGCACGGAAACAUGGAUUCAUCAUCAAGGAAAGGGACAUGGGUUGAUGAUGGUGAUGAUGACAAUGUGGUUUAUGAUGAAGAGGAUGAUGAUAUGGUCCCUCCACAUGAAUGGCUAGCUAAGAAGCUUGCGAGGAGUCAGAUUUCUUCAUUUUCGGUUUGUGAAGGUAUUGGAAGGACGCUUAAAGGCAGGGACCUCAGCAAAGUAAGGAAUGCAGUUUUGACAAGAACAGGUUUCCUCGAGUAGGAAUGAAUGUCCCACCAUUUCAUCAACAAUUCCACACCAAAUCAUCGUAUCUUCAUUUUGCAUUUAUCAUGUUUCGUGUAACCUUUUUGCUUUUAUCCACUUUUGCUCGUAUUAUGUCGUAGCCAUGUAAUGAAGUUUUGAACUCGAGAUUCGAGAACAUAGUCUUCAUCGGAGCUGCCUUUUUGCAUGAUUUUUAAAGAAUGGUUAAAAACAACGACGAAAGGUGUCAGCCUCCGAUUAUUUGUCUGGUAGUGGAAAAGGGUUUAUGUUCUGGAUACAGUUGGAGUGCACUUUU